CCGGUGUGCCGCCGUCUCAGAGGGGCUGCUGCAUGGAGGGCGUCCCCGAAUCAAGCUUUACCAUUUGGGGCGGUGCGUAGGGAGGAGGGAGAAGCGGGAAGAAGGCAGGGCCUCCCUUUGACCCCUCCCCAGCGCCCCCCUGUUGUUGGAGGCCACAGGCCUGCCCUACAGCUGGGCCCCGUCGUUGCUGUGUUUGGGCCGUGUUGGAGCGUCCCUCCAGAACACCUGCAGACUUGGUGACGAAUAAAAUGAGGGACUGGUGACCUUUGAGGAGGUGUCCUUGCAUUUCAUCAAGGAGGAAGAGAGCUCUGUACAAGGAGGUUAUGCGGGAGAUUAACGAGAUCGCAACCUCUCUGGACAAGGAUUCUUUCGCCCUUACUCAAUAGCUAUGGAAGGAGAUGUCUGGAGGGUCAAAGCUGAGGGAGAACCAUCAGAAGUAUCACUGGAAAAAUCUGAGGAGCAGGUGCAGGAACAGAAACGGAGGAGUCAAGAUGGAGCAAAGAGACAACAGGGGAGACAAACACAGAUGCCAGGAGAGGGUACUGAAUAUAAAAGUCAAUGGGAAACGGAAUUAAAGUAUGAAUGCUUGGAAUGUGAAAAGAGAUUUAAAGAUAGCUCAGAUCUUACUUCACAUCAAAGAGUGCAUACAGGAGGGAAACCAUAUAAAUGCUUGGAGUGUGGAAAGACCUUCAGUAGGAGUAGCAACCUUACUUUGCAUCACAGAACUCAUACAGGGGACAAACCUUACAAAUGCUUGCAGUGUGGAAAGAACUUCAGUCAUAGUAGCUCCCUUAGUAGACAUCAAAUAACUCAUACAGGGGACAAACCUUAUAAAUGCUUGGAGUGUGGUAAGUGCUUCAGUUACAGUGGCAGCCUUACUUUGCAUCACAGAAUUCAUACAGGGGACAAACCUUAUGAAUGCUUGGAGUGUGGAAAGAACUUCAGUCAGCAUUCCCACCUUACUUCACAUCAAAGAACUCAUACAGGGGACAAACCUUUUAAAUGCUUGGAGUGUGGAAAGAGCUUCCGUUAUAUUAGCAACCUUACUAUUCAUCAAAGAUGUCACACAGGGGACAAACCUUAUAGAUGCUUGGAGUGUGGAAAGAGCUUCAGUGAGAGUGGCACCCUUAGUAAACAUGAAAGAAUUCAUACUGGGGAGAAACCUUACAAAUGCUUGGAGUGUGGAAAGACCUUUAGUCGGAGAUGCAACCUUACUUUGCAUCAAAGAAGUCACACAGGGGACAAACCUUAUAAAUGCUUUGAGUGUGGAAAGACCUUCGGUCGGAGUAGCAACCUUACUUUGCAUCAUAGAAGUCAUACAGGGGAUAAACCUUAUAGAUGCUUGGAGUGUGGAAAGAGCUUCAACCAGCAUUGCCACCUUACUUCGCAUCAAAGAAGUCACACGGGGGACAAACCUUACAAAUGCUUGGUGUGUGGAAAGACCUUCAGUCGGAAUUACACUCUUACUAUGCAUCAAAGAAGUCACACAGAGGACAAUCCUUAUAUAUGCAUGGAGUGUGGAAAGAGCUUCAGUCAGCGUUUUCACUUUACUUCACAUCAAAGAACUCAUACAGGGAACAAAUCUUACAAAUGCUUGGAGUGUGGAAAGAGAUUCAGUCAGAAUAGCACCCUUACUUCACAUAAAAGAAUUCACACAGGGGACAAACCUUAUAAAUGCUUGGAGUGUGGAAGGACCUUCAGUCAGAGUGGCUCCCUUACUUUGCAUCAAAGAAGUCACACAGGGGACAAACCUUAUAAAUGCUUGGAGUGUGGAAAGAGGUUCAGUCUAAGUGGCACCCUUAGUAAACAUCAAACGACGCAUACAGGGCACAAACCUUAUAAAUGCAUGGAGUGUGGAAAGACCUUCAGUCUAAAUAGCAGCCUUACUUUGCAUCAAAGAAGUCACACAGAGGACAGACCUCAUAUAUGCUUGGAGUGUGGAAAGAACUUUCGUUCAAGUAGCAACCUUUGCACACAUACAAGAACUCAUACAGGGGACAAACCUUACAAAUGCUUGGUGUGUCAAAAGAGCUUCAGUCAGAGUAGCACCCUUAGUAGACAUGAAAGAAUUCAUACAGGGGACAAACCUUAUAAAUGCUUGGAGUGUGGAAAGACCUUUAGUGACAGUCGCAACCUUCGUACACAUGAAAGAACUCAUACAGGAGACAAACCUUAUAAAUGCUUGGAGUGUGGAAAGACCUUUAGUGACAGUAGCUACCUUCGUACACAUGAAAGAACUCAUACAAGAGAGAAACCUUAUAAAUGCUACGAGUGUGAAAAGAGCUUCAGUCAGAGUGGGACCCUUAGUAAACAUGAAAGAAUCCAUACGGGGGACAAACCUUAUAAAUGCUUGGAGUGUGGAAAGACCUUCAGUAGGGGUAGCAGUCUUACUUCGCAUCACAGAACUCAUACAGGGGACAAACCUUAUACAUGCUUGGAGUGUGGAAAGACCUUCAGUUAUAGUAGCAGUCUUACUUUGCAUCACAGAACUCAUACUGGGGACAAACCUUAUAAAUGCUUGGAGUGUGGAAAGAGCUUUAGUGACAGUGGCAACCUUCGUACACAUGAAAGAACUCAUACAGGAGACAAACCUUAUAAAUGCUUGGAGUGUGGAAAGACCUUCAGUGAGAAUGGCACCCUUCGUAAACAUGAAAGAACACACACAGGGGACAAACCUUAUAAAUGCUUGGAGUGUGGAAAGAGCUUCAGUCAGAGGUGCACCCUUUGUACACAUGAAAGAACACACACAGGGGACAAACAUUAUAAAUGUUUGGAGUGUGGAAAGACCUUCAGUCAGAGUGGCAACUUUGCUUUGCAUCAAAGAAGUCACACAGGGGACAAACCUAUUACAUGCUUGUAGUGUUGAAAGAGCUUUUGUUAGAAUGUUUCAGGCACAUCAAAUGGUCCGUACAAGGGAAGAGACGUAUAAAUGCUUUGAUUGUGGAAAAAGCUUUAAGCAGUGUUCAACUCUUCCUGUGCAUCAAAGGAUCCAUAUUGGGAAGCAGGGCUACUAUACCAUGUGUAUAGAUUUUCUGGGCUUCCUAUACUGUAUGUAGAUUGGGCCCUCUGCUGCACUUCUCAAAGACAAAUUUACAUAUAAUGUGGAUACACUUCAUGUCAAAUGGAAAUUUGUUACCCCUUUUGCAGUUGGGAGUGGAGCACCAAAAAUAAUCCAGAGGUCACACUCAAAGGUGAAUCUUUCCCAGUGAUUCCAUACUACAAAAAAGCAGAUAUUGUUUAUUUAUUUAUUGCAUUUUUAUACAGGCAUACCCCACUUUAACUUAUGCAGUGGGACCGGAGAGUGUCCUUUAAGCGAAAAUAACCUUUAAGUGAAGCAAUUGUCUUCACUUGUACUGCACGCAAUCACCACUAGAUGGCAGCAGCGUCAUGCCAAUAAAGUAUACGUUAUUGCGAAGCGUGCAAACAUUAAGUGGGGUAUGGGGAGAAAUGGAGCGUGUACGUUAUAGCGAGGCGAUGUUAAGCGAAGCAACAUUAAGCGGGGUAUGCCUGUACCACCUUUUCUCCAAGGAGCUCAAGCUGUCCCUGUGAUGUUCCUGUAUUAAUGUAAAUAUGGUAAGUGCUGUUUGUAUAGAAGAUACAUGGUAAGUGGAAUGAAAGAGGAGGGGGGAGUAAAUGAGCAGUAGAAUGCUGGAUGAUUGGCUGAGUGUUUGGAUGGCUGAGAGUAUAAAUGGAAGGAUGACAGUUGAAUCUGGGUGGACGUUAGUGGGUUGUUUUGGUGGAGUUUGGAGGUGGGUGUGAGUUGGUGUAUGUCAGGAGAGUGUGGAGAAAGAGGGAGGUGGAGUUCGGAUUAGUAAUAAGUCAAAUAUCACAGUAACAGAUGAAACCAUAAGCUUGUAGAUCAUUAUCAAAG